CGCCACCGUGCACCCCAAAAACUUGCUAUAAAUCAAGGCAGGAAGUCGAUGGAGAUAGUAUAAGCUUGGGAGAAGAUCGACAAGAUCAGCCGGCCGGCAGACGCGUGCGCCAUGGCCGCAGCAGCAGCAGCAGCAGCUCCGGCGGCGGCGACGGUGCCGCGGAUGAAGCUGGGGUCGCAGGGGCUGGAGGUGUCGGCGCAGGGCCUGGGCUGCAUGGGCAUGUCGGCGGUGUACGGCGAGCGCAAGCCCGAGGCGGACAUGGUGGAGCUCCUCCGCCACGCCGUCGCCGCGGGCGUCACCUUCCUCGACACCUCCGACGUCUACGGGCCCCACACCAACGAGCUCCUCCUCGGCAAGGCGGUGACGGCGCCGGCGGUGAGGGAGGUGGUGCAGCUGGCCACCAAGUUCGGCAUCACGCCGGAGAUGGAUCGGGUGCGCGGCGACCCGGCGUACGUGCGCGCGGCGUGCGAGGGCAGCCUCCGGCGGCUCGGCGUCGGCUGCGUCGACCUCUACUACCAGCACCGCAUCGACCCCACGGUGCCCGUCGAGAUCACGAUGGGUGAGCUGAAGAAGCUGGUUGAAGAAGGCAAGAUUAGAUACAUCGGAUUAUCUGAGGCGUCUGCGUCGACUAUCAGGAGGGCACACGCUGUUCAUCCGAUAACUGCAGUUCAGAUUGAGUGGUCCCUGUGGUCAAGGGAUGUCGAACAAGACAUUGUUCCAACCUGCAGAGAGCUUGGCAUCGGAAUUGUGGCGUACAGCCCGCUAGGCAGGGGGUUCUUUUCCAGUGGAGCUAAACUGAUGGAUGAACUACCUGACGACGAUUUUCGCAGGAACCUGCCCAGAUUCCAGCCGGAGAACCUGGAGAAGAACGCGGCGAUAUUCGAGCGGGUGAGCGCCAUGGCGGCGAGGAAGGGGUGCACGCCGUCGCAGCUCGCGCUGGCCUGGGUCCAUCACCGGGGCGCCGACGUCUGCCCGAUCCCCGGAACCACCAAGCUCCGCAACCUCCACCAGAACGUCGGGGCGCUCUCGGUGAGGCUCUCGCCGGAGGAGAUGUCGGAGCUCGAGUCCUACGCCUCGGCCGACGACGUGCGGGGCGACCGGUACCACGGCGGCUUUCUCAACACCUGGACCAACUCUGAAACUCCCCCUCUGGCAGCAUGGAAGGGCAGAGUUUAGUGUGAGAUAUUGAUUAAUACUC